ACAGAGUUAUAAAUCAGUAUUUCUGUGGACUUCAGUUGAAACAGUGACUUUCGUUCGUCGUCCGUAGAAAGCUUAAUCGGAACUACGCGAGUUGACUUAACUUUGUUCGGUCAUCUGUAGGUUAUUUCUGAAAUAAAAUUUGGUGAUUUAAUUUUGAAUUAAAUUUGGUUUGUGCUAGUUUGAUUUAAAAUUAUUCAAACUGGGCCAAUGCAUGGACAAAACUGUUGUAGAAAAAAUACAAAAGGCAAAGUUUAAUAGCAAUUCGCUAGACGGCAACAACUAAGUUUUUAUAUAAAACUAUUUGUUGAAAUAAUUAAUAAAAUCAUGAAAAGCUUAGCAUGUUUAAUUGCUGUAUGUCUGGUAAUAAACCUUCCUAGCAACGCAGCAGCACGUUCUAAGAGCAAGAUGCCAAACCAGCCAAUCAAGGUGUACUACCUUCCACCUUCUCCACCAUGCCGGUCCAUCAUCAUGGCUGCCAAGGUGAUUGGUGUCGACCUGGAUCUGGUCUUAACUAAUAUCAUGGAAGGACAUCAUAUGACGCCGGAAUAUCUUAAGAUGAAUCCACAACACACGAUUCCGACCAUGGACGACAGUGGAUUCAUUUUGUGGGAGAGCCGCGCAAUACUGGCUUACCUCGCCAAUGCCUAUAGUCGCGACGACACUUUAUACCCGAAGAACCCUCGUCAGCGAGCUAUUGUCGACCAGCGCCUGAACUUCGACCUUGGUACCCUUUACGUACGAUAUUCUGCUCUCUAUUUACCCAUGCUGUUUCGUGGUGAAGAGUAUGAUGAACAGAAGGCUGACCAGUUAGACGAGGCCCUUGGCUGGCUGAACACCUUCCUCGAUGGACGGGCCUUCGUCGCUGGUGACAAUCUUACCAUCGCUGACAUUUCUAUCAUCGUUACCAUCACAAAUCUUGAGGCUUUUGGCUACGACAUGAGCGGCCAUCCAAACCUCAUGAAAUGGUUCGAAAGGACCAAGAAAGCUCUUGAGCCAUAUGGAUACGAAGACGUCGAUGUAGCUGGAGCUAAGAUGCUUGCAAAUUUCUUAAAGAAAGAUUAGGAGAUUCAUUAUUUAUGUAUUUUUUUAUUUGUUUAUCUGUUAUAAAUGUUUAGAUUUCUUUUUUUACGGAUACACAGGUUUUGAAUGUUUAUUAUUUAUUAAUUGAACAUGUUUUAUGUAAUUUGUUUAUUAUGUCCUUGUAACAAAUAGAUCUGUUUCAAUUAUA